UCAUAUUGUAAUAUAGAUUUUAUCUGCUAUACCAUGAGCGGCAGAGAUAGUCCCCUGGUGACCUAUCACCAUGAUGAGAGCAGCGACAUGUUUGCAAACUACCUGGAGCAUACUGUCGAGCGCUCAGAAGUCAGUGGAUUCGCCAUGCCGCUCGACGAUGAGAAGGUCACGCUCAGCCCAUGGCGUCGCAACUCACUCAGCGAUGGGCGCGUUGUAUCAGCAGCUCCAACCGAGGACUCGCCCUACAGUAUGGUGCGGUCUGCAGUUGCUCCACGAGACACCCAUGUUCCCUCACUGACGUUCAGAUCUGUGGUGCUUGGCUUGUUCUUUUCAGUUGCCCUAGGGUUCGCCAACCAGCUACUGUGGUUCAAGGCCACGCCUAUCACUAUCGGCGGGUUCUUUGUGCAGAUUGUAUCGUUUCCGAUGGGAUACCUGAUGUCGCGGAUACUGCCGACACGGAAGUUUAAUACCUUUGGGUAUACAUGGACGUUCAACCCUGGCCCGUUCAGCAUCAAGGAGCACGCAAUUAUAUCAAUUUUUGCUGCAUCGGCGGCUACCAGCGCGUAUUCCAUCGAUAUCCUUGUGGUCGAGACCAUUUACUACAAUCGGCCGAUGGGGUUUUUACCAGCCAUACUGAUUACCCUCUCGUCGCUGAUGCUGGGCUACAGCUAUGCUGGUUUGAUGCGCGAGCUGCUGGUGUACCCGGCGGCUAUGAUUUGGCCGUCAUCAUUGGUCAGCGUGACGCUAUUCCGGACAUUCCACGAGAAGACAUCGUACCUGCACCACGUUUCGCGCCUAAGGUUCUUCUGGAUCGCGUUCGGGUGUAUGUUUGUGUACAACAUCCUGCCUGGGUUUGUCAUGCCAGUGCUGACGUUUGUGCCGGCUCUGUGUCUGGCUGCGCCCAACAAUGUGAUCGCCCAGCAGGUCGGCGACGCGUUCCACGGGCUGGGCGUGCUCAACUUCACCUUUGACUGGUCGGUGAUAUCGUCGGCCUACUUUUCUUCGCCAAUCGCCAUUCCGUGGUACAUGGCAUGCAAUAUGUUUGCAGCCUUUGUCCUGACCAUGUGGGUUAUUACGCCCGCAGCAUACUACAGCGAUGUCUGGGGAUCCGGCAAUUUGCCAAUCUAUUCAAACAGUAUUUUCUUGGCCAAUGGUUCCUACUACGACACGUCUCAGGUCAUGGAUACCAAAGGCCAUUUGGACCCCCAGAAGUAUGCAGAGUACGGCCCAAUUCGCAUGCCGUUCCAAUUCGCAUACGUUUACGGUCUGUCGUUUGCCGGCAUCGUUACCCUGGUUGUCUACACAGCGCUCAACCAUGGGCGGGAUAUCUACAACCGCCUUCGCCACUUGAAUGUGGGCGACGACGAUGUGCAUGCGCGGCUGAUGCGAAAGUAUCUAGAGGUUCCCCGGUGGUGGUAUGCAAUCACGCUGGUCUCAAUGCUUGCAUUGGGUAUCACGGCGUGCGAGGUAUACGGCCUGCUUCCAUGGUACUACAUGCUGCUUGCCAUCACAAUCUCCUUCAUCUUUCUGGUGCCAGUGGGUAUCGUCCAGGCUCUGAGCAACCAGCAGCCAGGGCUCAACGUGAUCACCGAAUUUUUGAUCGGGUACCUGCGGGCUGGUGACCCUGUCGCCAACAUAACGUUCAAGCUAUACGGCUAUAUCACGAUGACUCAGACACUGAUGCUAGUCAGCGACCAGAAGCUGGGCCACUAUAUGAAGAUUCCACCUCGACACGUAUUCAUCGCGCAGGUACUGGGUACAACAACCUGUGGCUUUGUGCAGUGCGGCGUCGCAAUAUGGAUCCUGCGUGCGAUCGAGGGCAUUUGCACGACCAACGAGGUAUGGAGCUGUGCCAGUGCCCGCACAUUCUACUCUGCAUCGGUCAUCUGGGGGCUGGUUGGUCCGCAGCGGCUGUUCCAGAACGGCUCUCCGUACUCGCCUCUCUUCUACAUGUUCCUGGUUGGUGCAAUGCUGCCUGUACCGGUGUGGUAUCUGCAGCAGCGCUAUCCAAACAGCCUGUGGAGAUACGUCCAUCUGCCCGUGUUUUUCACGGUGCUGGGAAACAUGCCGCCGGCACCAUCGGCAUCCAUGACCAGCUGGUUCUUUGUCUGCUUUGUGUUCCAGUACUUGAUCCACAGGUACCGCUAUGGCUUCUGGCAACGGUACGCGUUUUCCUUGUCAGCGGCCUUGGACUCGGGCGUUGCGCUGUCGACAAUUCUGAUAUACUUUGUCUUGAUAUUGCCCAAUGUCCAUAUGCCCGACUACUGGGGCACAAAGACGCGCCUGUGCCCCUUGGCCGCUAACGGCGGUGGGUACAAGAACUACCAGGAUUUCCAGCCUCGUACGUGAUAAAUAAAUCCAGUAAUCGCC